CAGGGUUCCUCUCGUCACCGUCAUCUUCCUCUCGCCAGUCGCCCAUUUCCCUUCCCCGCGUCAAACAAAUCUAGGGUUCCAAGCGAGCGAAAGCCUUCCUCCGCCAGCCGAUCUCCCCGCAUCUUCCCGGACUAAGCCGAUUAGAGGCACGAGCGAAGAUGCCGCAGCGGCACUCGAAGAACAACAACGACCUCGCCUUCUUCACGUACGAGGAGAAGCGGAAGCUCGGGUACGGCACGCAGCGGGAGCGCCUGGGGAAGGACUCCAUCAAGCCCUUCGACGCCUGCUGCCUCUGCCUCAAGCCGCUUAUCGACCCGCUCUGCUGCCCCAAGGGCCACACCUUCUGUAAGGAGUGCAUCCUCGAGUGCCUCCUCGCCCAGAAGAAGGACAUCAAGCGCAAGCUAGCAGCUCACGAGGCCCAGAAAAAGCAAGAGAAGGAGGAGGAGGAGGAGAAGCUAAUUCUGCAGAAGGCUAAGGAGUUGGAUGCCUUUGAUCAGCAGAAUCAUGGGGCUGUUCCCCAGUACCAUGAUCGCAGUGGUUCCCAAGACAAGAAUGGGUUUCAUGGAGCAAACAGUGUGAAGGUCACUUCUUUUGAAGAGGAAGCCCUCCGCAACAUGAAGGCAUUCUGGCUCCCUUCAGCUACUCCUGAAGCUACAGUCAAGGUAGAUGCACCCUCCACUGACACUGUCUGCCCUGAGGGGCAGGAGAAACUCAAGUUGAAAUCGCUCUUCCCUAUCUCAUUCACGGAGGAAACUGUUGAUCAGAAGAGCAAGAAGACAGUGGAAAAGAGCUACAUGUGCCCUAGUUGCAAGUCCACUCUCACAAACACCAUGUCCCUUGUGGCGGUCAGCACCUGUGGCCACGUCUUCUGCAAGAAGUGCUCUGACAAGUUUCUAGUAAAGGAUAAAGCUUGCUUAGAGUGCAGCAAACCAUUCAAGGAGAGGAAUCUGGUUCCAUUGGAGAAAGGAGGAACUGGGUUUGCUGCACAUGAUGAACGCUUGGAGGCAAGGGAUUUCAAGCAUUUGGGUAGUGGUUCUGGGUUAGGACUAGUGAAGCCUGCACCAAAAGCUUUCUAGCCUUGAAUAAUUGUAGCCCCGCUGUUGUAUAUUGUUUAUCAUGGUGUCAUGAAAUUAUGUAACCUGGAAAUUUUGUUUUAUGGCAUCAAAAUCACUCUAUUCAGAACAGUUCCUCGUCAGUCUUUACGAUCCA